AACUGUCAGUCUUGUAAUUAUUAAAUUACAUUUGACGGGAAAGUAACAAAAUGGCAACGUAUCUGUUUUUAUUAAUAUUGCUGAUUAAUUUGGGCUGCGUUAUUUCUGAGCUGAGUCUACGAUUUGUGUUUAUCGUAGAAGAUAAUGAGCAUGAUUUAAAGCAGAAUAUUCCUAAGGCCCUCAAACUAUCUGAGACUUUACGCCCGGAAGUCAAGAUCUCAGAUGACAUUGUCUUCCUGGACAGGGAAAAUGAAGAUCAGAGUUACAGGAUGUUAUGCUCAGCCGUAUCUAAAGGCGUCUCAACUAUAAUUGACUUAUCAUGGUCUCCCUGGGAGCUGGCUGAGGACCUGUCUUCGGCCACGGGAGUACCUCUGAUCAGGACACUCCUGGGCUCUCAGCAACUGAUCAAGGGUAUAGAUGAUUAUCUUGAGUCCAGGAAUGCGACUGAUGCAGCUAUUAUUAUGGAGAGCGAGGCUGAUGUGGAUAGAACUCUGUACGAGUUACUUGGAGUCUCGAACAUCAGGGUGUGGGUACACUCCGGCUUAACUCGGGACUCUGCGAGGGGACUGAAGGCAAUGCGCCCAGAACCCAGCUUCUAUAUCAUUGUGGGCGAGAGUGGGUUUGUGAUGGACACUUAUAGACGGGCGGUGAAAGAGAAACUCGUCCGUCGCAGCUACCGGUGGAAUCUGAUCUUAACUGACUACUCAACCCUGGAUUUGAAUCAGCUGAUACUCCCAACUGUGAUACUGCGAGCUGAUCCAGUGGAGUGCUGCAAGCUGAUCAGGAGGGAAAACUGUACCUGCCCUAGAGACUUUCAGAAAAAGCAGAAAACCCUCGACGCUCUCGUCCAAUACUUAUCAGAGACGUACUCUAAGUUGGAGUCAGAGCUGUCCCCCAUGAGAACUGCUGUGGACUGUGACGACCCUCAGAUGGUCAUGAACAGUACCAGGGAAAGGCUGUUCCGGCAGUUCGUUGAGGACUCGGAGACCAAUAAUGAGACGGUGCUUUAUUGGGACCAGGAUCGGUCUGGACUUUUCCUCCGCUCUCGUUUCAUCCUCUCCACAUACAAGGACGGUCUGCAGACCAUCGCGAGCUGGUCUGCAGCUGAAGACUACAAGUUAUUGCCAGGAAUCGAACUGGAACCACUGAAGAUGUUCUUCAGAAUUGGUACUGCACCUGCAGUACCGUGGACUCUCCCGAAGCUGGACCCUCAGACUGGGCAGCAGAUGUUCGGUGAGGAAGGGCAGCCUCUCUACGAGGGAUACUGCAUCGAUCUGAUCGCGAGGUUGUCUGAGACCAUGUCCUUUGACUAUGAGAUAGUCUCACCGAGGAGCGGUGGGUUUGGUAGGAAGCUGCCAAAUGGUACGUGGGAUGGCGUCGUUGGAGAUCUGAUGAGAGGGGAGACAGAUAUUGCGAUAUCAGCCUUAACCAUGACAGCAGAAAGAGAGGAAGUCAUCGAUUUUGUUGCUCCGUAUUUUGAACAGACUGGUAUUUUAAUUGUGAUCCGCAAACCAAUUAGAAAGACUUCUCUAUUCAAAUUCAUGACAGUACUCCGGACUGAGGUCUGGCUGAGUAUAGUCGCGGCGCUGGUUCUAACUGGAUUUAUGAUCUGGUUGUUAGAUAAAUACUCGCCGUAUUCAGCUAGGAAUAACCCGGAUGCGUACCCGUAUCCGUGCAGGGAAUUCACUCUGAAAGAGAGUUUUUGGUUCGCGUUAACCUCGUUCACACCUCAAGGCGGCGGCGAGGCUCCUAAGGCCUUGUCCGGCAGGACCCUCGUGGCUGCGUACUGGCUCUUCGUGGUGCUGAUGCUGGCUACAUUUACGGCUAAUUUAGCUGCCUUUCUAACCGUUGAGAGGAUGCAGACCCCCGUUUCCUCCCUGGAGCAGUUGGCUCGGCAGUCCAGGAUCAACUACACGGUGGUGGAGGCGUCUUCAGUACACCAAUACUUCAUCAAUAUGAAGUUCGCUGAAGAUACGUUGUACAGAGUAUGGAAGGAAAUAACCUUGAAUGCUACAUCAGACCAAGCGCAGUACAGGGUGUGGGACUAUCCGAUCAGAGAACAAUAUGGACACAUACUUCUUGCUAUAAAUGCUUCAGGACCAGUCCCAGAUGCUAAGACUGGCUUUCAACAAGUGAAUGAUCAUACCGACGCUGACUUCGCCUUUAUUCACGAUUCUGCGGAAAUUAAGUACGAAGUCACUCGUAAUUGUAACUUAACGGAGGUCGGCGAGGUUUUCGCUGAGCAGCCUUACGCGAUUGCCGUGCAGCAAGGUUCGCGGCUGCAGGAGGACCUGUCCAGGGCGCUGCUGGAGCUGCAGAAGGAACGGUUCUUGGAACAACUGGCUUCGAAAUACUGGAACGAAUCCGCGAGACAAGCUUGUCCUGAUGCUGAUGAAUCUGAAGGAAUUACAUUGGAGAGUUUGGGUGGAGUUUUCAUAGCAACUCUUUUUGGCCUUGGACUAGCAAUGAUAACAUUAGCUUGGGAAGUUUUCUACUACAAACGCAAAGAGAAAAACAAAGUCCAAGGCUUCAAUACCAAGCCGGAACGAGCCUUCGAAGCCAAAUCGACUUUGGAAACGAAAGUCGUGGAAUCCGUCGCUAAAUUGAGGAGACGAGGGAAGAUUGGAAAGCGGAGUAACGUGACAAAAAAUGUCACUUUUGGUGACUCGUUCAAGCCUGUUUCAGAGAAAGGGGUUUCGUAUAUAAGUGUUUUUCCAAAAGAUUAUAGGCCAUAGGCUUUUAAUUAAUUAUUUGUCUUUG